GGUACACGGCUCCUACAUCCAGAGGGGCAAAACCGUCCAGUAAAAAACAUUCCGCCCCACCCCGUACGUCUUCUUCUUCCCCAAUCUCCAACGCCCUCCUCCUCAGAUCAGAUCGUGGAAGCCCAGGCCAAAUCCCAAAGCGACAACAGAAAAGCUCGAGCUCUUGCUUGGGUGGUCGAGCGAGCAGACCCCGAUCCCAGCAGUAGCACCAGGAGGAGGAAGAUGUCGUCGGUGUUCAGCGGCGAUGAGACCGCCCCCUUCUUCGGCUUUCUCGGCGCCGCCGCGGCUCUCGUCUUCUCAUGUAUGGGGGCGGCCUACGGGACGGCCAAGAGCGGCGUCGGCGUGGCGUCCAUGGGAGUCAUGCGCCCGGAGCUCGUCAUGAAGUCCAUCGUGCCCGUUGUCAUGGCUGGAGUGCUCGGUAUCUACGGGCUUAUUAUCGCUGUCAUCAUCAGUACCGGGAUCAACCCCAAGGCCAAGCCCUACUACCUCUUCGACGGCUACGCCCACCUCUCCUCCGGGCUCGCCUGUGGCCUUGCCGGACUUGCUGCUGGCAUGGCCAUCGGCAUUGUUGGUGAUGCUGGAGUCAGGGCAAAUGCUCAGCAGCCCAAGCUGUUUGUCGGCAUGAUCCUCAUCCUCAUCUUCGCAGAGGCGCUCGCUCUCUACGGUCUCAUUGUCGGCAUCAUCCUGUCAUCCCGAGCUGGCCAGUCUCGUGCCGAUUAGCCAAUUAGGCAUGUUCCACACACGCGGCCCUGUGUGCCCUCUUGUUUUAUAUUAUUCAGACAGCAAACUGAGCUCUAGAGGUUAUCAUGUCUAGUUUUCAUUCUUCUGUUUGGUGGAGAAAAAAACAUCUGUAGCCAAGGGAGUUUUGCCCUUGAUGUACCAUUCUUUUCCCGUCAAGAUGCUGGGAGGGGGUUGAUGCUUAUGUAUGCACAGUUAUUUACCUUUUGGGUCUGGCUGGACGGUGUAAUCUGGUGAAUAAGCGAGAACUUGCAAUGCAAUUGAGUUUUGUCCA